CUGCGUUGCUGGUGUGACCCUACUCAGCAUUAUUGGAUACAUGACGCUUGAUCCGACAGACGACAUCUUAUGUGCGAUCGUUAUCGGAGCACGUUCGUGACUGCGGGCGCUUUAAGGAGAACGCCGACAGAUUGUCACGUGAUGGCAAUGGCGGCAGGUGGUAAACAGGAAGGCGCACCACAGCAUCCUCAUAACGGUACCACGACAGAGACAGACGGCGGGUCGGGCAGGAGAACUAAUUUUCAGUGUCCUAUGGUCGUAUGUGCUCAGUUGUGGCGGCUUGUAGAAUAUAUUCUGAUUGGUUGCCCGUUUCUCGACGCAGGGGUGGUCUUCCAACUGUCCUACAUCGCAGUUUCCCGUAGGCUGAAGGACCAUGAUCGUUAGAACAAAGAAACUCAAA